UGCGAUUUGCCAAUAAAACUUGAAGAAGAAGAACCGUUUCAGAGAAAUGAAACUGAAUGUGACUAGAUGAUUAUUCUCAGUGUUUUUAAGGACAUUGAAAAUGGCAGAGGUCUGUAUUUCAGUGUACCUGGAUGAGUUUAGCUGCUCAAUCUGUCUGGAUUUACUGAACGAUCCGGUGACUAUUCCCUGUGGACACAGCUACUGUAGAGUCUGUAUUAAGGGUCACUGGGAUCAGGAUGAUCAAAAGCUUAUCUACAGCUGCCCUCAAUGCAGACAGACCUUUACCCCAAGGCCUGUCCUGAGCAGAAACAACAUGCUAACUGAAGUAGUGGGGAAACUGAAGAAGACGGGACAAGAAGUUUCACCUUCUCUGCCGUAUGUUGGACCUGGAGAUGUGCCAUGUGACAUCUGUACUGAUAAACGACACAGAGCAGUGAAAUCCUGUUUGGUGUGUCUGGCCUCAUACUGUGAGACUCACAUUCAGCCUCACUAUGAAUCAACAGUUUUGAAGAAACAUAGUCUGUGUAAAGCCUCCACACAACUAAAGGAGAAGAUCUGCCCUCACCAUGACAAACUGUUGGAGGUCUACUGCUGCACUGAUCAACAGUGCAUUUGUUAUCAGUGUGCUAUAGAUCAACACAGAGGUCAUGAAAUUGUUGUAGCUCAAGCUGAAAGGACAAAGAAACAGGAACAGGUGAAGAAGGUACAAAUGGAAUGUCAGCAGAAAAUCAAGGAGAGGGAAACUGUGAUGCUGGAUCUGCAAAACGUGAUGGGUUCUGUCAAGUGCUCUGCACAGGAAGCUGUGGUGGACAGUGAGAGGACCUUCAAUGAGCUGAUCCGCUUCAUUGAGAGAAGAAGCUCUGAGGUGAGAGAGAUUAUCAAAGCUAAGGAGAGGGAUAUGGUGUGCGAGACUGAAGGACUUCUAGAGACACUGGAGAAGGACAAUGUUGAGCUGAGGAAGAUUGAUGCUAACAUUAUUCUGCUUACACAGACAGAGGAUCACAUCCAUUUCCUCCAGAGCUGCAAGUCUCUAGUUGCCCCUCUUGGAUUUGAAGACAUACCCAGGAUUCCUGUUGGUCAUCAAGUAUAUUUUGAGAAAGUUAAGAUGUUCACCUCUACACUGAAAGACAAACUAGAGGAUGUCUGCACAGAGGAACUGGUGAAGGUCUCUAAAACAGAUAUAACUGGCAAUUUUGUCAGUGAGGAGUCAGUAGAACGGAACCUGGGCUUGAAGGAAACCAUGCAAGCUGAGGAUCCACAGAUGCAGAAGCUGUUUGUCCCUAUGUGUCACAUCCUGGACAGGUUGACUCCUAAGAACUUCCAGCAGUUGAUGGUGGUAGUGACUGAGCUCACCAUUGACACAGACAACAAGCUGAAGGGCAUCGUUGACCUCAUACAUGAGAGGGCCAUAGCACACCCUGCCAGCUCUGUGGUGUACGCCAACUUGUGCCGCUGCCUCAUGGGGCUCAAAGUGCCAAAGUCAUAUAAUCCGAGAGUGACUGUGAAUUUCCGUAAUUAUCUGCUGAAUCGAUGCCAGAGGGAGUUUGAGAAUGAUACAUCUGAGCUGUUUGGAGGAAAGCAGAAGGAGCUGGACACCGCCACCAAGGGGGAGGUCAGCCAGCGACUGAAGGAGGAACCGGAGGAGGCCAAGGCCAUGUGGUGCAGACGGUCUCUAGGCAACAUCAGAUUCAUUUGCGAGUUGUUCAAGUUGAAGAUGCUUACAGAGUCAAUUGUGCACACCUGUAUCAUAAAGCUAUCUAAUGAUGGCGAUGAUAACUCUCUGGAGUGUCUGUGCACAAUGCUCUCCACCAUCGGCAAGGACUUGGACGUAGAGAAGGCCAGGCCCAGAAUGAAUCAGUACUACAGGAAUAUUGAGACUAUUGUGAAGAACAGGACAACCUCCCCGAGAAUCCGCUAUAUGCUGCAGGAUGUGCUGGACCUCAGAAAGCUUCAUCUGUAGUAAAGGGGAGACCAUAUGCACAGGACAAGAUGGAAGCACACACACCAUGCACACACACGCCACGCACACACACACACACACACAUCAAUAUGUAAUAAGAGUGAAAUCGUGUGUAAGAUAUAAUUAUUUGAGAAAUUAAGUAUGAUAAUGUAAGACAAUUUGCUAUUGAUAUAUACAAUUAAACUGAUAUUAAACAUGUAUUUCCUACAAUAAAAAUAUGUAUAUUA